UAGGUGAUUUUAAAUUAUCAGUUGAUGAAGGUUCAUUUACAGAAUCGGAAAUCAUUGUUUUACUUGGAGAAAAUGGAACUGGAAAAACAACUUUAAUUCGAAUGUUAGCCGGAAACUUAGAACCUGACGAAGGAGUCGAAAUUCCUCAAUUAAAUAUAUCCUAUAAACCACAAAAGAUUAGUCCAAAAUUUACUGGUACAGUUCGUGAUUUACUCAAUUCAAAAAUUCGUGAAUCUAUUUUUCAUCCACAAUUUCAAACGGAUGUAUCUCGACCACUUCUAAUCGAUAAUAUUAUUGAUCAAGAGGUACAAAAAAUAUCCGGUGGUGAAUUGCAACGUGUUGCUCUCUGUCUCUGUUUGGGAAAACCAGCUGAUGUUUAUUUAAUUGAUGAACCAUCAGCUUAUCUAGAUUCUGAACAACGUUUACAUGCUGCACGUGUUAUUAAACGAUUUAUUCUUCAUUCUAAGAAAACAGGUUUUGUUGUUGAACAUGAUUUUAUUAUGGCGACAUAUUUGGCCGAUCGUGUUAUCGUCUUUGAUGGACAACCAUCAGUUGAUGCUCAUGCUUCCGAACCUCAAGCACUUGUAUCUGGUAUGAAUUCAUUUUUGAAACAACUUGAAAUAACAUUUCGACGAGAUCCUGAAAAUGCUCGACCACGUAUUAAUAAAAAAGAAUCUGUUAAAGUGUCGCAACAACAACGACAACAACGACAACAACGACAACAACAACAACAACAACAACAACAACAACAACAACAACAACAACGACAACAACAAC